UGUCUAUGGAUUCUUAAAAAGACAUUACAUAAAACCGAAAUACAUCGAAAAUCUAAGUAAAUAGGAAAUUUAGCAAAUAUCGGCCCUUAUUUAACAACAAUUGGAAACAAUUAUAAAAAAUUUCUAACAUAAAAAUAAUGUCGUCGCCAAAUAGUUCCGCCUCUGUCAAUACCCCUCUCCCUAACAGCAUGUGCGCUGUCUGACAAUGUGUCUCUCUCUGUUUUCGGCGAAUUUUUGUGGUUGAUUUUUUAUUUGUCUUUAAUUAAAUCAAAAUGUAUUUGAAUGGUUUUUUGUGUUUCGGUGGUUUUUUAAGCAAAAGAAAAAUAUAUAUUUAAUAAUGGAGCCACUUUUGAAUCGAGCGGACACAAUUAACCAAGCGACCACUUCUUCAGCUACAACAUAUAUCAUGGGUGGAGCCAAUCAAAACGACGAUAAUACCCAAUUCCCACCAUCUUUGCCAACCACCAGACCAAAGAGUAAAUGUGUUCGCUUCACGGAAGCCAUAUUCUCACCAUGGUACAAAGAAAUCUCCGUGGAACCCACAAUGUUCCUGUACAUGUUCGCUUUUAUGAUUACCUCAGUUGUGGAACAGGACUUCUUUCUGCAAAAAGCCUGCCGGGUUAAUAACAAUUUUACGGAUGAGAUAUGCGAACAUAUAAAAGACAGUGAAAAUGCCGAGUACAAGAAACAAGUCCAAACUACCACAGCCUGGUUUUUGCAAUGGGAGUCGAUUUCGGCUCAUGUCUUCCCGAUUAUAUUGGCUCUGUUUUUGGGCUCGUUUUCUGAUCGUCGUGGUAGAAAACUGCCCUUGCUCAUGGGCUUGGUGGGUAAAUUCAUAUACUCUGUGAUGAUUGUGGUCAAUGCUCGCAUGAAAACUUGGCCAGUGGAAUAUAUCCUCUACACGGCCACACUGCCAAGUGCCUUGACGGGGGCCGAUGUGGCCAUAUUUGCAUCAUGUUUUGCAUACAUUUCCGAUAUUUCUACGCUAAAGAACCGAACGUUGAGAGUUACCAUUUUGGAUGUCUGUUAUUUGAGUGCAAUGCCAACGGGUGUGGCAUUGGGCUCGUAUUUGUUCUACAAUCAUUUUAAUCGUUCCUAUGCAAAUAUGUUUACACUGAAUGCCUCGCUAUUGGCGUUGUCCAUAAUCUAUACCAUAUUUGCUCUGAAGUGGCAAACAACGCCGAAGCAACGUUCUCUCAAAGAGCUGGGUUGUUGCGGCUUUUUCGGCGAUUUCUUCGAUAAACAGCACGUUGUGGACUCCCUUGGUGUCCUUGUGAAGAAAAGGCCUGGCAAUCGUAGAAGCUUUUUAAUUAUUUUACUCAUUACCAUGGCCCUGUACACCUUCCAAAGAGACGAAGGACAAUACCUGUACAUGUACACGGUGUUUAAAUUUAAAUGGGGCGUUGACGUCUACAGUACUUUUAAAACAGUGAAAUCAUCCGCCUACGUUUUGGCCAUGUUGGUGGGAGUGCCCAUAAUGAAUAAGUCAUUCAAUUGGAAAGAUACCACAAUUGUUUUUAUUGGAGCUUGGGCACACGCCAUAGCUCGGCUGUUCUAUUAUUUUGCCGAGACGGGUCAAAUGUUUUACGUGGGCGCCAUUGUGUGCAGUUUGGGUCCCAUUGUUGGCCCCAUGAUCCGUUCAAUGACCUCCAAGAUUGUGCCCAUAUCCGAAAGGGGAAAAGUGUUUGCAUUGCUGUCGGUGUGCGAUAAUGCGGUGCCGUUUAUAAGUGGUGUGUGCUAUUCCCAGGUAUAUCGCGCCACACUAAACGAUGAAGGCAAAGGUGGUGACGGUGUAUUUUUAUUAACCAUUGCCACCCAAAUGGCAGUGUUUAUUUUAAUUUUAUCUAUACACAUAAUAUUGGGUGAUAACAUAUUGGAUGUGCCGGAAGUUAGCGAAACCGAAGAAACAAUUGUAAGGAAUGCAGUCGCCAUUGAAUACACAAGCCACGACCAAAAAAAUAAUUUGGAAAGAAAGACUAGCACUUAAUUUUUUCUUUUCUUUUUU